AUGAACCGACUACUACUCUUGGCAUUGCUGUUCGUCGUGUACGUCGCCGCGGCGACGCGUUGCAUCGUCAAGGACGACAAGGACGAGCCGGAGGUUCACGUGAUCCGCUUAGGAGAUCGCAGUGGAGGAUCGGACGAAUCGGACGUAAUCGCGCUGCAGAUUCCGGACAGCAGACGCAGACGGGAAACCCACGAGGCUUGCAAGAAGGAUAAAGACUGCGUCAAGGGUCAGGUCUGCGUCCCGUAUUUAGGAUGCGUCAGGGGCCAUCGGAAAAUACCGCCGGGUGAAAUGUUGACUCAACAUUGAAGACCUGCUAUCAUUUUCUCGUAGUAAAAUCGUAGUUGUCAG